AUGAGACUUGCAAUUACAACUUGUUUUCUGAUUGGUAGCCUACUUUUGGCACGUGCUCAAAAUGGGCAAACACCUAUCGUGAAUAUCCCCGAUCUGGGGCAAAUACGAGGAUCAAUUACCUACAGUGCUUGGACCAAUCGAACGAUCUACCAAUUUCAGGCGAUUCCGUACGCUAAAUCGCCAACAGGAGAUUUGAGGUUUCAGCCACCAAUCAAAGCCAGUAGUUGGCAGGAUACAUUGGAUGCAACUAAGCCAGGUAUUAUGUGUCCUCAGCUCUGGAGUGCGGACUCCAAUGGACUCGGAGAAGACUGCCUCACACUAUCAGUGUUUUCCAAUGAUCUAACCACGUCUCACCCGGUAAUGGUUUUCAUUCAUGGUGGGUGGUUUUUCGUUGGAAGUUCAAACGAGUACCAUCCAGAUUAUCUCCUGGAAUCCAAUGUAGUUCUAGUAGCAAUUCAAUAUCGACUGGGACCAUUGGGAUUUUUGUCUACUCUAAGUGAUAAAAUCCCUGGAAAUGUUGGAGUUUUAGACAUGAUACUUGCCUUGGAGUGGGUGCAAGCGAACAUCGCUUAUUUUGGAGGAAACAAUCAAAUGGUCACGGUUUUUGGGGAAUCUGCCGGUUCAGCAGCAGUUUCCGCUUUACUGCACACUCCACUGGUCCGUGGUAAACCAACGCCAUUGUUCCAUCGAGCAAUUCUACAGUCAGGAUCAGUAUUCUCACCAUGGGCUAUGUGCGACACUCCGGUUGAAGGAGCUCAUGACAUUGCUAGACGACUGGGAUGUGGCGAAGACGUGGAACAAUGUUUCUUACAAGCAUCCGUCCGUGACCUUCUACUUGCAUUCGAAUCCCAUCGUAAGGAAACGAUUAUCAAUCACGGGUAUCCAAGCGUCGCUGGAACAACACUGGUCGUCGGAGGUCCCUCACGAGUUUUUCCUCAACAUCCAAAACAUUAUACCUCACAAGCUUUCCCCAACAUAUCGGUGAUGGCUGGUGUUACUUCCCAAGAUGGGUUAUUUUUGCUAAACGAAAUCUGUGAACUACAACCGGAGAUACUGCCGUCACUAAAUAAUUCUCACGAUUUCCUUUCAUUCGUACGUUUGCUUCAUGAAAAGUUUGGUCAAACCAAACUAGACGGUGCCCUCGAAAGUUACGCACUCCUUCAACACUUUCUAAUGAGCGAAAUCGAUCAAGUUCAGUGGAAGGACGUUGUUCUAGGUUUGACAGAUAUUUGCGGGAAUCACGGAAUCAAAGGACCAAUUCUAGUGGACGUCCUAGCACUAUCGGCUGUCAAUCCGGACAGAGUUUAUCUCUACAGUUUCGACUAUUCAGUAGACAACUUGACCGGCCUACCACUAGCAAUACCGUUUCCCUACGAAGGGCCAGUUGAUCAUGCUGCGGACAUGUAUUAUUUAUUUCCCUGGUCGAACCUUACGGUUGACGGUUCUAGGAUAGCAAAAACCAUGGUACAGCUUUGGACCUCGUUCGCCAAGACCGGAAUUCCUAGGGCCGAAACGGUUCCCCACUGGUCACCCAUGAAAAAUGUUUACGGUCCUUAUUUGGCAAUUAACGAAAUUAUGGAAGAAAAGAAAAACUUCUAUAACGAGUUUUCGGCAACUACUCUCAGGUUUCGGACUAACUCAUCAAUCCAUAUUUAUUCCAAUUUUUUACUAAUUAUUAUCGCUGGUUUAGUAUUCAUUUGGUUAUAA